AUGGUUUUAAAGCCGACUGAAUGUCAGGUAAACAAUGGUCUGACAAGUGGUCCGAAACCAAGACUUGUAUUUUGUGCGACGAGUGGCGAAGAGAUGCGCAAAUGUGAGCACUGGUCACAAGCCAUCCAAAGAAGCGCUUGGAAUGCCUUUGAUUACGACCUGUCGUGUAAAGUGGCCACAGAUAAGGAUCAGUGCAUGAAUUGGAUCGAGAACUCGAUGGCCCAUCUCGUCCUCUUAGAUCCGGGAGAGGUGUUCACUGCCGGCCGUUACCACAGUUUGGUUCCCGUAAUGUAUGAGUUGUAUAAUAAUGUCAAAGAGAAGGGCUAUUAUUCCGUGGCUGUCGUCAAAACCUCGACAUCGAGUUAUAUACGGGAUAUCAGAGACUUAAGAGGACGUAAAGCGUGUUUCACAGGUGUUGGCCAUAUGUCCGGUUGGGUUAUACCGAUCUCACGAUUGCUGGACGAAGAGCUGCUGGACAUCCGUGACUGCAAUAAUAUGAUCAAAAGCGCCGCCAACUUCUUCGGCGACAGUUGUGCCCCGAAUUCAUUGAUCGACAAAAAUAAUCCGAUCGGCAAUAAUCCGGUGUCAAUGUGUGCCUUAUGUUCGGCCACACAUCCGGACAAAGCCAAGUGCUCGGGAAGUGAUUUGUACGCCAACUUCGAGGGCGCCUUUCAAUGUCUGGCAACUGUCGGUGACGUGUCUUUCCUCAGACACACCACAAUCAACCAAAUGUCUCGAUUCAAACGCAUCAAUAAAAAUGAAUACGAGUUGUUGUGUCCAAAUGGUGGCCGGCGUUCAGUGGACUCUUAUCUGGAGUGCAAUUGGGGUUUCGUUCCGUCGCACGCUAUUGUCAUCUCUUCGGUCACUUUACCCGAAGACAGGGCCAAAAUUCAAAGGUUUUUCUUCGACUCCGUCAACAAAUUCAGUCCUCAGUCGACAAAUAGAGACUACUUAUCGGGACAGCCAUUGAAGCCAUCAUUUAAUCGAUUUAAUCAAAGCUUUUCAAUGAAAAGCAAUUUAACAAAAUAUAGUUUACUGGAAGACAAACUGCGAAACGACGACCAGUUCUCACUGUUUGGCGAUUCCGUAAAAUACGGGGCAAUGAAUCUGUUGUUCUCCGACGAGACGACUGCCUUGAGUCCG